GGUGGUUGCUAAGGUAUUCCUGUGGGUUGUUAGCAUCUUGAUAGAUGGUUGCUAUGAUAUUCAAGGUGGUUGCUUGGUGGUUGCAAGGUGGGUCACCUGAUAUUCCAGCUGUUUGCUAGUGUGUUGUUUGGUAGUUGCUAUGGUAUUGUAGGUGGUUGUGGCUAGGUGGUUACUAAGGUAUUCCAUGUGGUUGAUAGGCAGUUUAUGUAGUUGCUAUAGUAGCCUAUGUGGUUGCCAGGGUGUUGCUAGGUGGUUGCUAUGAUAUUCCAGUUGGUUGCUAGAGUGUUGCUAUCAUAUUGCAGUUGGUUGAUAGGAUGUUGCUAGGUGGUUGCUAUGGUAUGCCAGCUGAUUGUUAGGGUAUUGCUAAGCGGGUGCUAUGACAUUAGAUGGAGUUGCUAGGAUGUUGCUAGGUGGUUGCUAUCAUAUUACAGUUGUUUGCUAGGAUGUUGUUAAGUGGUUGCUAUCCUAUCCCAGCUUACUGCUAGGGUGUUGUUAGGUGGUUGCUAUUAUAGUGCAUAGGGUUGCUAGGGCAUUGCUAAGUGGUUGAUAUCAUUUUCAAGUUGGUAGCCACGGUGUUGCUAGGUGGAUGCUACCAUUUUCAGAUUGGUUGCUAGAGUGUUGCUAGCUCACUGCUAUGCUAAUUAAGCUGGUUGCUAGGUUGUUCCUAGGUGGUUCCUAUGCUAUCCCAGUUGGUUGCUAGGUGGUUGCUGUCAUAUUCAAGUUGGUUGCUAGGGUGUUGCUAGGUGGUUGCUACUAUUUGCAAAUUGAUUGUUAGGAUGUUACUAGGUUACUGCUAUGGUAAGCCUGUUGGAUUAUUGGGGUGUUACUAGGUGCUUGCUAUGCUAUCCCAGUUGGUUGCUGGGGUGUUCCAAGGUGGUUGCCAUACUAUCCUGACUGGUUGCUAUGGUGUUGCUAGGAGGUUACUAUAAUAUUUCAGUUAGUUGGUAGGAUGUUGCCUGGUGAUAUCAUAUUACACUUAGUUUCUAGGGUGUUGCUAGGUGGUUGCUAUGCUAAACAGGUUGGUUGCUAGGCUGUUUCAUGGUGGUUGCUAUGGUAUUCCAGUGGGUUGUUAACAUGUUAGAUGGCUGCUAUGAUAUUCCAGGUGGUUGCUAGGGUGUUGUUAGGUGGUUGCUAUGAUAUUGCAUUAGGUUUCUAGGGUGUUGCGAGGUGGGUCCCAUGAAAACCACGUGCUUGCUAGGGUGUUUCUUGUGUGUUGCUAUGAUAAUCCAUGGGCUUGAUUGGAUAUUGCUAUCUGGUUGUUAUGGUAUUCCAACUGGUUGCUAGGGUGUUGUUAGGUGGUUGUUAUGUGGCCCCUGGUGGUUGCUUUGGUGUUUCCAUUUACAAGUGAAGUAGAAAGCAAUAAAGGCAUCCUGACACAGUGGUGACUGUGAAUUAAUAUUACAGGAUUGUCAGGGUGACCCACAGCUGCUCAGGAACAUCACAAAAACCCAACUGACUUUCAUCUCAUGAAAAAUGCUUCAGUAGGAUGACUGGAAUGACAUGGGGUCUUUCACCAACCUGGAGAACAGCAGCAACACUGUAAACGGUUCACAUGAUCAUAUGACCCCUUACUCUGUACUUCUGGGUAACAUGUCACAAAUUGAAAAUCUGGAGCAGAAAAAGCAAUCCUGUAUUAGUUACUUAGCUAAUCGGACAGAGAACUAUUUUUUCUACAACAGCACAGAACUGGUAUUUACAGAGAGCCUUAAUACAUCAUUCUGCAACUGGGGAGACUCCCAGUGUUAUGUAGAGUGCACUUAUUUCAAUCUCACCACAAACAUAACGGGUGCGAACAUCAUAAUGGACCUGGUACAAAAUGAUACAAUCACAGGUCAAAACAGCACACAGCUGGUCUUCAACACGGGUGAUAAAAAUACCAUGUGUAAUGUCACAAAGUGUGAAUCAGAUGAAAUGAAUGCAUUCAUCACCAACAUGGACUUAAUAAGACUAAAACAAGUACAACAUAUGUGUAAUAAAUCAUUUGCUUCAGAUACAUACAUCAGGGCAGAGAAAGAGUACAUCGAUCAGCACAUCAGCUUAGAGUUUGACGGGCCAAACAAAACCUAUGAGCACGAGGACUUUAAUAUGACUGUAGUUAAGAUGGAUAAGAUGAACACCACGGAUCACGGGCGUGUAAAGAUCUCUGCUCCAAAGGUGUCUGAUGAUGAUCCGCCCAUAGAGGUAUUCAUCCCUACUGAACCUUUUCUGAAUGUCUCAAUGGAACAGCGCAAAGUUGGUGUAGUGACAUAUCGCUCUGCUCAACAGUUUACAAAUGACCUGAACAUUGUGCUGAUGUCCAAAGUCAUUCGUGUUGAAACUGUCGGGCAUGAGAUCAAGAACUUGUCCAAUCGACUUGUUAUCAAUUUUCCAGUGAACAGCAGUGAAAUAAUACCCGGAAACCAUAAACUUUCAUGCCAGUUCUAUGAUGAAUCAGAGCACAAGUGGGAUGACAUGGGGUCUUUCACCAACCUGAGUCACUUUAACAGCAGCAACACUGUAACCUGCUCAUACGAUCAUAUGACCCCCUUCGCUGUACUUCUGGUUUACGUGGCACAACCUGAUCAGCAGCAGCAGAAAAAUCUGCCCUGUAUUAGUUACCCAGCUAAUAGGACAGAGAACUAUUUUUUCUACAACAGCACAGAACUGAUAUUUACAGAGAGCCUUAAUACAUCAUUCUGCAACUGGGGAGACUCCCAGUGUUAUGUAGAGUGCACUUAUUUCAAUCUCACCACAAACAUAAUGGGUGCGAACAUCAUAAUGGACCUGGUACAAAAUGAUACAAUCACAGGUCAAAACAACACACAGCUGGUCUUCAACAAGGGUGAUACAAAUACCACAUGUAAUGUCACAAAGUGUGAAUCAGAUGAAAUGAAUGCAUUCAUCACCAACAUGGACUUAAUAAGACUAAAACAAGUACAACAUAUGUGUAAUAAAUCAUUUGCUUCAGAUACAUACAUCAGGGCAGAGAAAGAGUACAUCGAUCAGCACAUCAGCUUAGAGUUUGACGGGCCAAACAAAACCUAUGAGCACGAGGACUUUAAUAUGACGGUAGUUAAGAUGGAUAAGAUGAACACCACGGAUCACGGGCGUGUAAAGAUCUCUGCUCCAAAGGUGUCUGAUGAUGAUCUGCCCAUAGAGGUAUUCAUCCCUACUGAACCUUUUCUGAAUGUCUCAGUGGAGCAGCGCAAAGUUGGUGUAGUGACAUAUCGCUCUGCUCAACAGUUUACAAAUGACCUGAACAUUGUGCUGAUGUCCAAAGUCAUUCGUGUUGAAACUGUCGGGCAUGAGAUCAAGAACUUGUCCAAUCGACUUGUUAUCAAUUUUCCAGUGAACAGCAGUGAAAUAAUACUCGGAAACCAUAAACUUUCAUGCCAGUUCUAUGAUGAAUCAGAUCACAAGUGGGAUGACAUGGGGUCUUUCACCAACCUGAGUCACUUUAACAGCAGCAACACUGUAACCUGCUCAUACGAUCAUAUGACCCCCUUCGCUGUACUUCUGCAGCAGGAAAACCAAUCCUGUAUGGGUUACAAAGCUAGGUGGACAAAGAUUUCUUUCUACAAGAGCACAGAAUUGGAAAUUUCAGAGAACCUUACUAAAUUACUCUGCAACUGGGGAGACUCCCAGUGUUAUGUAGAGUGCACUUAUUUCAAUCUCACCACAAACAUAACGGGUGCGAACAUCAUAAUGGACCUGGUACAAAAUGAUACAAUCACAGGUCAAAACAACACACAGCUGGUCUUCAACACGGGUGAUACAAAUACCACAUGUAAUGUCACAAAGUGUGAAUCAGAUGAAAUGAAUGCAUUCAUCACCAACAUGCACUUAAUAAGACUAAAACAAGUACAACAUAUGUGUAAUAAAUCAUUUGCUUCAGAUACAUACAUCAGGGCAGAGAAAGAGUACAUCGAUCAGCACAUCAGCUUAGAGUUUGACGGGCCAAACAAAACCUAUGAGCACGAGGACUUUAAUAUGACUGUAGUUAAGAUGGAUAAGAUGAACACCACGGAUCACGGGCGUGUAAAGAUCUCUGCUCCAAAGGUGUCUGAUGAUGAUCCGCCCAUAGAGGUAUUCAUCCCUACUGAACCUUUUCUGAAUGUCUCAAUGGAACAGCGCAAAGUUGGUGUAGUGACAUAUCGCUCUGCUCAACAGUUUACAAAUGACCUGAACAUUGUGCUGAUGUCCAAAGUCAUUCGUGUUGAAACUGUCGGGCAUGAGAUCAAGAACUUGUCCAAUCGACUUGUUAUCAAUUUUCCAGUGAACAGCAGUGAAAUAAUACCCGGAAACCAUAAACUUUCAUGCCAGUUCUAUGAUGAAUCAGAGCACAAGUGGGAUGACAUGGGGUCUUUCACCAACCUGAGUCACUUUAACAGCAGCAACACUGUAACCUGCUCAUACGAUCAUAUGACCCCCUUCGCUGUACUUCUGGUUUACGUGGCACAACCUGAUCAGCAGCAGCAGAAAAAUCUGCCCUGUAUUAGUUACCCAGCUAAUAGGACAGAGAACUAUUUUUUCUACAACAGCACAGAACUGAUAUUUACAGAGAGCCGUAAUACAUCAUUCUGCAACUGGGGAGACUCCCAGUGUUAUGUAGAGUGCACUUAUUUCAAUCUCACCACAAACAUAAUGGGUGCGAACAUCAUAAUGGACCUGGUACAAAAUGAUACAAUCACAGGUCAAAACAGCACACAGCUGGUCUUCAACACGGGUGAUACAAAUACCACAUGUAAUGUCACAAAGUGUGAAUCAGAUGAAAUGAAUGCAUUCAUCACCAACAUGCACUUAAUAAGACUAAAACAAGUACAACAUAUGUGUAAUAAAUCAUUUGCUUCAGAUACAUACAUCAGGGCAGAGAAAGAGUACAUCGAUCAGCACAUCAGCUUAGAGUUUGACGGGCCAAACAAAACCUAUGAGCACGAGGACUUUAAUAUGACUGUAGUUAAGAUGGAUAAGAUGAACACCACGGAUCACGGGCGUGUAAAGAUCUCUGCUCCAAAGGUGUCUGAUGAUGAUCUGCCCAUAGAGGUAUUCAUCCCUACUGAACCUUUUCUGAAUGUCUCAGUGGAGCAGCGCAAAGUUGGUGUAGUGACAUAUCGCUCUGCUCAACAGUUUACAAAUGACCUGAACAUUGUGCUGAUGUCCAAAGUCAUUCGUGUUGAAACUGUCGGGCAUGAGAUCAAGAACUUGUCCAAUCGACUUGUUAUCAAAUUUCCAGUGAACAGCAGUGAAAUAAUACCCGGAAACCAUAAACUUUCAUGCCAGUUCUAUGAUGAAUCAGAGCACAAUUGGGAUGACAUGGGGUCUUUCACCAACCUGAGUCACUUUAACAGCAGCAACACUGUAACCUGCUCAUACGAUCAUAUGACCCCCUUCGCUGUACUUCUGCAGCAGGAAAACCAAUCCUGUAUGGGUUACAAAGCUAGGUGGACAAAGAUUUCUUUGUACAAGAGCACAGAAUUGGAAAUUUCAGAGAACCUUACUAAAUUACUCUGCAACUGGGGAGACUCCCAGUGUUAUGUAGAGUGCACUUAUUUCAAUCUCACCACAAACAUAACGAGUGCGAACAUCAUAAUGGACCUGGUACAAAAUGAUACAAUCACAGGUCAAAACAAGACACAGCUGGUCUUCAACACGGGUGGGCAAAACAUCACAUGUAAUGUCACAAAGUGUGUAUUGGGUGAAAUCAGUGCAUUGAUAAUCCAAUCAGUCAGCUCUGCUGACUUGAAAGACUUAACAAGACUAACACAAAUCAAAAAGAUGUGUAAUGAAUUGUUUACUUCUGAUAGAAAUUUAAAACAUACAUACAUCAGUGCAGAGAAAAUUUACAUCCACUCCCUCAUCAACUUACCAUUUAAUGGAACGAAGAAAAAUUAUGUCCUAGAGGAAUUUAACAUGACUGUAGUUAAGAUGGAUAUGAUGAACACCACAGGUGACGGGCUUGCACAGAUCUCUGCUCCAAAGGUGGCUGAUGAUGAUCUUCCUGUGGAUGUUUUUGUCCCUGUUGAACCUUUUCUGAAUGUCCCAAAGGAACAGCGCAAAGUUGCUGUAGUGACAUAUAACUCUGCCGAACAGUUUAUGAAUGACUUGUACCCUAUGUUUGAGGCCAGAGUCUUACGCAUUGAAACUUUCGGACAUGCGCUUAAGAAUUUGUCCCCUAAACUUGUCAUCGACUUUACAGUGAACAGGAGCGAGAUGAUACCCGAAAACCAUAAACUGUCAUGUCAGUUCUAUGAUGAAACAGAGUACAAGUGGGAUGACAUGGGGUCUUUCACCAACUUGAGUAACAACAACACUGUAACCUGCUCAUACGAUCAUAUGACCCCCUUCGCUGUACUUCUGGUUGACAUGAACGUGUUGCAAAUUAAUCCUCAGCAGUGGAAAAUCCUGUCCUAUGUUAGUUAUAUAGGUUGUAGUCUUUCAUCGUUUUUCUCAACAGUCACCAUCUUCCUCUACGUUUUCAUGAAGAGACCAGAUAUAAACAAUUCCAUCCGUAUCCAUGUGUCUUUGAGUGUAGCCCUGUUCCUCCUCAACACCAGCUUCUUGUUAAUUGAAUGGGGAGCCACUUGGUCUCAAGACGCUGUGUGCGUCAUAAUAGCGGUGAUAAUACAGUACAGCCUCCUGUCCUGUUUCUCUUGGAUGGCCAUUGAAGCCAUACACCUGUACUUGCUUCUAAUCAAAGUGUUCAACACCUACAUCAAGCACUACAUGGUCAAGCUGUCGCUGUUUGGAUGGGGACUGCCUGCUGUCCUUGUUGGAGGAAGUCUGUGUGCAUACGGCAGUAAACCAUUUUUUGGCAAAACACAAAUUAAAUUAUCUAACAUGACUGAAGCAACGAGUUUCUGCUGGAUUACUGAUCCUCACUAUCUGUAUGGCAUGAACAUCACCUACUUCUGCUUAACAUUCCUGUUCAACACAUGCGUUCUGGUGGCAGUGACGCAUCAGAUCUUUAAAAUGCGUAUCUUGAACAUCAGAGGAAGCGGAAGGAUUCCAUCUUGUAAGGACAUUUGCACUGUCCUGAGCCUGAGCUUGCUGCUGGGAAUGACAUGGGGUUUGGUAUUCUUCACUUCAGGAUACACAAACUACCCCAUUUUAUAUCUCUUCUGUAUCUGCAACACCCUGCAAGGGUUCUUUCACUUCCUGUGGUCCUAUAGUGCAAUGAAGAAGAACAGGAGUCUUGUGGCACAAGCCUCAGUUGCGUACACAGUGUCUGAGCCGGUCAAUGCUUCACUCAAGCGCUAGGAAAUCAUCUUUACCCACUGAAUCGAUAUUACAUAUCAUUUAUUGUUGAUGUGGUUGUACAUCAUAUACUGAUAGAAAUAAAGACAAGCACUGCAACAAGUUCUACAAGUUAUUUAAAACCUACUUCAUCACCUCACUCUGUAACCCAGCGUGAGGUUCAUAAUCAAUUUAAUUUUUUUUUCCUGUUGUGAGCCACUGAGCUCCUUAUUGUCGACAUUACAAAAGUAAAUGACAUCAAUUGUUUUGGAGGAACUAUAGUGUGUAUAGCAUGUGUAAUGAUCCAGUACUGAGUAAUUAUUCAUUUUUCAUCACCUAUACUUUUCAUCCAAUCAUUUAGAGGGAAGUGGUAGCUCGGUGGUUAAGACGUUGGACUUAAGUUCAAAUCCUAGCACUGUUAAGCUGCCACUGUUGGGCCCUUGAGCAAGGUCCUUAACCCUCAACUGCUCAGUUUGUAUAAAUGAGAUAAUUGUAGGUCGCACUGGAUAAGAGUGUUUGCCAAAUGCUGUAAUGUAAAAUGUAAUGUAUUAUGAUCUGGUGUAAUAUUUUGGGUUUACAUAUAAAAUAUGCUUAUCCUUAAACUAG